UAUGUUCUGUUAGGCGAUUAAUGAGGAAGAGAUUGUGGUACAAUGGUUGGAAGCGAAAGCACGCGUUGAAGUAUCAAGCGAUCGACACCCCCGAUGGGAUAAUUCGCAUGCUUUGGGGUCCCAUACUCGGGCGUCGCCACGAUGUCGCCAUGGUAGGGGCAAGUGGUCUCCUGCAAGAUCUGCAGCAGUGGUUCAACGACGCAGCAGGCACCCCUUACUACGUAUUCGGCGACCCUGCGUACAGCNAUUGUGCGAUCGACACCCCCGAUGGGAUAAUUCGCAUGCUUUGGGGUCCCAUACUCGGGCGUCGCCACGAUGUCGCCAUGGUAGGGGAAAGUGGUCUGCUGCAAGAUCUGCAGCAGUGGUUCAACGACGCAGCAGGCACCCCUUACUACGUAUUCGGCGACCCUGCGUACAGCCUUUCGCCCUGGUUGCUAAGGCCGUACAAGGGGGUGUUAAACGCCUUCGAACAGGCCUUCCACACCGCAAUGAGCUCCGUCAGAGUCUCGGUGGCGCUCAGCGCUUGCGGGCUUGGUAAACAGUAUGCGGUCGCCGGCAUUCUGACGAAUUGUCACUCGUCCUUCUACCGCAACAACACUUCUUUCUACUUCGGUGUAAAACCCCCGUCGCUUCGCAGCUACCUGAACGGCGAAGGCGCUUGCGGGCUUGGUAAACAGUAUGCGGUCGCCGGCAUUCUGACGAAUUGUCACUCGUCCUUCUACCGCAACAACACUUCUUUCUACUUCGGUGUAAAACCCCCGUCGCUUCGCAGCUACCUGAACGGCGAAGGGUAGAGUGUGGGUUGAUAGGCUGUAAGUGUCAGUGGCAUGGGGUGAUGGUCGGGGGCGCUGGCAGAAGGUGCCGCUGAGACUCUAGU